AUGGCGCCGAGCAAAUACAAGACCCCGCCUCAGGCGCCGCCAAUGUUCACGCACACGCCGGAGAGCCUGCUCAAAGACACAGAGCAGAUACUGUCGCAGAGCAAGGAGCUUCAAGAUCGUAUAGUCGCCGAUGUCAAGCCGGGCAGUGCAAAAUUCAAGAAUGUCUUACUGCCAUUUGCGCAAGACGACAACAAGAUGAGCCUAAGGACGCACAUUAUCGGUUUCUACCAGGCCGUCUCUACGGACGAAAAGCUGCGAGAUGCCAGUACGGAGGCGGAGAAGAAGAUGGAUGACUUCAGCAUCGACAGCAGCAUGCGGGAGGAUAUCUUUCAGCUGGUGGACGAGGUGUUCAAGAAGCAGAAGGAUGAUCAGAGUCUAGACGCUGAGAGCAGGCGGUUAUUGGAGAAGGAUCACAAAGGCUACAUCCGCAUGGGGCUGGGCAUACCCGAUGGACCGGAGCGUAACCGGUUCAAGGAGAUCAAGAAGCGGUUGAGUGAGCUCAGCAUUUCUUUCCAGAAGAACCUGAACGAGGAGCAGGGCGGGCUUUGGUUGAAGCCGGAGCAGUUGGAGGGUGUGCCGCAAGAUGUCACUGAAAACUUGAAGAAGGGCGAGGAGGGAAGCGAGAAUGAAGGGAGAAUAUUCCUCACAUUCAAAUAUCCCGACUUCUUCCCGGUGAUGAAGUACUGCAAGAACGCCGAGACCCGCCACAGCCUGAUGGUAGCGAAUGAGAACAAAACGCCUCAAAAUGUCAAGUUGUUCAAGGAGGCCAUCGUACUGCGGGAUGAGGCUGCUCGGAUUCUGGGAUAUCCAAACCACGCCACACUCCGCAUCGAGGACAAGAUGGCGAAGACGCCAAAGACGGUGGACGACUUCCUCGGGGAUCUACGCAGCCGCCUUGCACCGGGGGGUUUGAAUGAGAUUGAGGUGUUGAAGAAGCUCAAGAAGAAGGAGACCGGCAAGGCUGACAACUACUUCUUGUGGGACCACCGCUUCUACGACACCUUGAUGCUGGAGCAGGACUACCAACUCGAUCAGAACAAGAUCGCUGAGUACUUCCCGCUGCAGACCAGCAUCGAAGGCAUGCUCGGUAUCUUUGAGUCGCUCUUCGGGCUGGCCUUCGUCAAGCUGGAGGGUGCUGACCGUGAUGCCAUAUCCGAGACCAAGAAGGGUAGCGAUAUCGUCUGGCAUGAGGACGUGCAGGUGUUCUCUGUCUGGAACGAUGAGAGUGAAGGCAAUGGAUUUGUUGGCUACCUCUACCUCGACUUGCAUCCACGAGACGGGAAGUACGGGCACGCUGCGAACUUCAACCUCCAACCAGGCUUCAUCAACGAGAACGGUACAAGACGGUACCCUGCAACAGCACUCGUCUGCAACUUCUCCAAGCCCACACCAAAGAAGCCCAGUCUCCUCAAGCACGAUGAAGUCGUCACACUCUUCCACGAGCUGGGACACGGCAUCCACGACCUCGUCAGUAGGACAAUUUACUCCCGGUUCCACGGUACCGCCACCGUCCGCGACUUUGUCGAAGCACCUUCACAAAUGCUGGAGAACUGGUGCUGGACGCCCAGCCAGAUCAAGUCUCUCUCAAAGCACUGGUCCUACCUCUCGCCUGAUUAUGAAUCAGCUUGGCAGGCCGCGGCCAAACCCGACGAGAAGCGCCCCGCAGAAUCCAUGCCCGACGACCUCAUCUCUUCCAUCGUAAAGACUCGCCACGUCAACGACGCCCUCUUCAACCUCCGCCAACUGCACUUCGGGAUCUUCGACAUGUCCGUCCACGAGCCCGCCUCUCACGACUACGUCGCCAACCUCGACGCCUCAUCCCUCUACAACCGUCUCCGCAAAGAAAUCAGCAAAAUCGACGGACCUGAAGCGCUCGGCGAGUCGUACGACUGGGGCCACGGCGAAGCCACAUUCGGCCACUUGAUCGGUGGGUACGAUGCGGGAUACUACGGAUACUUGUCCAGCCAGGUGUACAGCGCGGACAUGUUCUACUCCGUCUUCAAGAAGGACCCGAUGGAUGGCAAGGAGGGGCGGAGGUACAGGCAUCAGGUGUUAGAGAAGGGCGGGAGUCGUGAUGAGAUGGAGACGUUGAAGGACUUUUUGGGGCGGGAGCCGAGUACGGAGGCGUUUUAUAAGGAGUUGGGGCUGUCGUAG